AUGCUGAAAAUAGUUUCAAUAUUACUGGUGCUGUGCGCCGGUACGUUGGCCGACCCGGUGCUCAAACCCCAGAUCAUCGGCGGGACGGAUGCCAAACGGGGCGACAAUCCGCACAUGUGUUCGCUGAGGUCGACGGCACACGGGUGCGGGGCGUCCAUCAUAAGCGCCAAGUGGGCGGUUACUGCAGCCCACUGUGUGGUAGGCGUAAGCCCGUCAGCGCGAACCCUACGCUGCGGUACAAUAUUGCACGCGUCGGGCGGGAAAGACUACAAAUUGACGCAAAUUAUUAUACACCCCGAUUACGCCAACCCUAGCCAACUGAACAACGAUAUCGCCUUGUUGCAAAUUGAAGGGGAAUUUGAUCUUGGUACUCAAGACUCGGAUGUUAUCAAGCUACCCGUUCAGGACUCGGAUUUGACUGCCGAUGCCGUCGUAACGGUCACCGGUUGGGGACGUCUUAGGAAUGGGGUCAACGAUUUUCCGGCGACAUUACAGACGGUGGACGUACCGGUGGUGGGAAGGGCUAAGUGCACGGAGCAAAACCGAAAUAUACUCCCGGUUACGACCGCCAUGUUUUGCGCGGGACUUCCGGAGGGUGGUAAGGAUGCCUGUCAGAAUGAUUCGGGUGGCCCAGUCAAAUAUAAUGGUGAACUAGUGGGUAUAGUGUCAUGGGGCAAUCAAUGUGCCUUGCCAAACUACCCUGGUGUGUACACACGAGUGGCAAUUUUCCGUAACUGGAUUAAACAGAAUACCGGCGUUUAAUGUGG